AUGGCCCCGUCGGAUACGCAGAAUCUCCACGAUAUCCUGUCCGCCCGCCACUUCGCCCUGGCCGAUCACGAUGCCGAUGUCGACGUCCCCACCAUCACGGUGACUCCUGCGGUGAUUUCACAGCCAUUACCAGUAGAGGAUAACGAUGCUCUUGAGUCCGAGCUGCAUGAACAGGACAUGAAUGGGCCACGGGUUCGAAAAGCCGGACGGCCGCGUCUUGACAAGGCCGGGGGAGCGCUUCUAUCGGAGGAUCGACGAAAGCAAGUCCGUCGCGCCCAGCGAACCUACCGUCUCAAGAAGGAGGCCACGCUACAGCAAACCAAACAGCGCGUGGUCGAUCUCGAACAGAAGCUAGAGCGCGUGUCCUCGUCCUUCGCAGACAUGAUGCAAGAACUAGACCCCGGUGUCAAGGAGACAAGCCCCGCGCUAGUGCGGAGACUGGAUGCUAUCUAUGCACUGUUAGCUGAUGGAUCGGACGAGGGCAUGUCAGUCUCGAGGGGAAGAUCGGAAAGUAGCAGGAGUGUUGACGAUGCUUGCUCGCUUGCCCGGAGUCCGAGCCAGAGCCAGACCUAUCGUGCAGACACUACUAUAACCCACCUCCAGACGUCCUCACAUUCUCAUCUUCAUCCCCAUCCCAGUCCCUAUACCAUCCCUUCCUCCCUCCUUCCCCCCCUCACCUCCUCCAGCUCCUCACACCACGAACGCACAUUCACCCGCCACCUGCACCGUCUCAGCCUCGAAUACGCCUUCCACCUCUUCAGCGAUGCAAGCUCGCCCCCACUCAAGAUAUACCAAGUAUUCCGCCUCGUGCCCUGCAUCCGCGACAAAAGUAAAAUGGACCCGUACUUUCGCCGUCUGGUCAGUGCAAGCAUCGACGAGCCGCUCGAGCUACAUACCCUACCGUUUUACUGUGUCGGAGGCGCGGGGACCCAUUAUCCCGCGUUGGAUCGGUCAGGGAGGGCGGUUUAUCCGGAGAAUCGGAGGCUGCCGAGACGGGUGUUGGGGGGUUUGUCGGUUGAUGAUGGGGUGGGUUUGGCGAGAAAAGGGGCUGGUGGUGGUAAAAGAAGAAGAGACGGGGGUAAGGAUGAAGAGGGAGAGGAGAGAUGGCUCCAGGCGUAUGGGCUUGGAGGAGCCUGGUUUGACUGUCGAGACGUGGAGGGGUAUUUGAAGGAGAUGGGGGUAAUGUUGGACGGGGGGUUGUUUCCGGAGGUGAGGUCUGAGAGGACAGCGGGGGAGGGGAAUGAUAGCGAUGCGGCGGAGCAGUUGCAAGCGUCGCUUUUGAAUUCGGUUCAGACGGGGAGUGUGAGGGAUGUGGACGAAUUCUCAUCCAAGCGAGGUCAGCGCAUUCUGGACAUCGAUUCGUUCCUUUCAAAACUUCUUCGUGGUCUUGUCAUUCUCGGUCGUGCACCUGGAUUCCGCCGGAAUGAUGUUGUUUCGGCGUUUCAUUCAGCAUUAUCCCCUCGGACUGUUUAG